AUGGCGGGACCUGGGGGCUGGAGGGACAAGGAGGUCACGGAUCUGGGCCACUUGCCGGAUCCAACUGGAAUAUUCUCACUGGAUAAAACCAUUGGCCUUGGUACUUAUGGCAGAAUCUAUUUGGGUCUCCAUGAAAAGACUGGUUCGUUUACAGCCGUUAAAGUAAUGAAUGCUCGUAAGACUGCUUUACCUGAAAUAGGAAGGCGAGUGAGAGUGAAUAAGUAUCAAAAAUCUGUCGGGUGGAGAUACAGCGAUGAGGAAGAGGAUCUGAGAACUGAACUCAACCUUCUGAAGAAGUACUCUUUUCACAAAAACAUUGUGUCCUUCUAUGGUGCAUUUUUUAAACUGAGUCCCCCCGGCCAGAGGCACCAACUUUGGAUGGUGAUGGAGUUAUGUGCAGCAGGCUCAGUCACUGAUGUAGUGAGGAUGACCAGAAAUCAGAGUUUAAAAGAAGAUUGGAUUGCUUAUAUCUGCCGAGAAAUCCUUCAGGGCUUAGCUCACCUUCACGCACACCGAGUAAUUCACCGGGACAUCAAAGGUCAGAAUGUGCUACUGACUCAUAAUGCUGAAGUCAAACUGGUGGAUUUUGGAGUGAGUGCUCAGGUAAGCAGAACUAAUGGGAGGAGAAAUAGCUUCAUUGGGACACCAUACUGGAUGGCACCUGAGGUGAUUAACUGCGAUGAGGACCCAAGACGCUCCUAUGAUUACAGAAGUGAUGUGUGGUCCGUGGGAAUCACUGCUAUUGAAAUGGCUGAAGGGGCUCCUCCCCUGUGUAACCUUCAGCCCUUGGAAGCCCUCUUCGUUAUUUUGCGGGAAUCAGCUCCCACAGUCAAAUCCAGUGGAUGGUCCCGCAAGUUCCACAAUUUCAUGGAAAAAUGCAUGAUAAAAAACUUCUUAUUUCGUCCCACUUCUGCAAACAUGCUUCAUCACACAUUUGUUGAAGGUAUAAAAAAUGAAAGACACAUUGUGGAGUCAUUAAAGAAGCAUCUUACUGGAAUCAUUAAAAAGAGACAGAAAAAAGGGAUACCUCUGGUCUUUGAAAGAGAAGAAGCUAUUAAAGAACAGUACAACAUGAGAAGAUUCAGAGGACCUUCUUGUACUCAUGAGCUUCUGAGACUGCCAACCAGCAGCAGAUGCAGACCACUUAGAGUCCUCCAUGGAGAACCCUCUCAGCCACGGUGGUUACCUGAUCAAGUAGAGCCACAAGUUCAGGCACUUCAGCAACUACAGGGAGCAGCCAGAGUGUUCAUGCCACUACAGGCUCAGGACAGUGCACCUAGCCCUCUGCAGGGGCAGGCCCAGGCACCUCAGCGACUACAUGGGGCAGCUCGCGUGUUCAUGCCACUACAGGCUCAGGUGAAGGCUAAGGCAUCUCGGCCUCUACAGAUGCAGAUCAAGGCACCCCCGGGACUACGGAGGGCAGCCCAGGUGUUCACGCCACUACAGGCUCAGGUUAAGGCACCUAGGCCUAUUCAAGUACAGGCCCAGGUACUCAAAGAACAGCAGGAUCAGAUCCAGGCCCAGGUAUCCAAACAGCCACAGGAUCUGGACCAGGUUCCAGAGGAGUUUCAGGGGCAAGAUCAGGUACCUGAACAACAUCAAAGGCAGGGCCAGGCCCCUGAACUGCAGCAGGGGCAACACCAGGUACCCGAACAGCAGCUACAGCAGAACCAAGUACCUGAACAGCCAGAGGUACAGGAACAGGCUGUUGAGCCUGUACAGGAAGAGACUGAAGCAGAGGAACCUGAGUCAUUACGAAUACAUGCCCAGGUGUUCUUGCCGCUACUGUCCCAGAACCACCACGUGCUGUUGCCACUACAUUUAGAUACUCAGGUGCUUAUUCCUGUAGAGGAGCAAGCUGGCGAGUCAGCUCAGGCACAGGCCUGGGCACUAGAGCCCCCUCAGGUCGUUGGUUCAGUUCAAGCACUGAUAGAGGGACUAUCAAGAGACUUGCUUCGAGCACCAGGCUCACAUAACUCAAAGCCACUUGGUCCACUGCAAACCUUAAUGGAAAACCUAUCAGCAAACAUGUUUUACUCUCAGCCAGAACAGGCACGGAAGAAAAAAUCAAAGGUGUCUAGUCUAAGGCAGGCACUGGCAAAACGACUAUCACCAAAGAGGUUUCGGGGAAAGUUAUCACAGAGACCUGAAGAGUUUGAACUCUCAGAUUUAGAAGGCCACAGAAGAAGGCACCAGUACAGAUGGGAGGAUAUCUUUAAUCAGCAUGAAGAAGAAUUGAGACAAGUGGCGAAUGACAAGGAAGAUGAGUCAUCAGACAAUGAUGAAGUAUUUCAUUCAAUUCAAGCUGAAGUCCAAAUAGAACCAUUGCAACUGUAUGUUUCAAAUCCUAACGGAAAUGAGGUCCAGGAAGGAUCUGCUUCUAUGUCUUACAACCAGGAUCGUGCACACCGUGUCAAGUUCUCUUCAAGUGUUCUUCAGCAGUCUUUCUUGGAACAAGCUCAGAAGCCCAUUGACAUCAGACAAAGGAGUUCACCAAAUCCUCAGAAUUGUCCAGCAGCAUCAGAAUCUUCUUCUGAGGAGGAGAGUCCUGUGACCGGGAGGAGGUCCCAGUCAUCACCACCUUAUUCUACUAUUGAUCAGAAGCUGCUGCUUGACGUCCAUGUACCGGAUGGAUUUAAAGUAGGAAAAAUAUCACCUCCCGUAUACUUGACGAAUGAAUGGGUAGGCUAUAACGCACUCUCUGAAAUCUUCCAGAAUGAUUGGGUGACUCCUGCACCUGUCAUUCAGCCACCUGAAGAGGAUGGUGAUUAUGUUGAACUCUAUGAUGAGGCUGGUGCUAAUAUUGAUGGUGAUGAUGAUGAUUCUAAUGAUGCUUAUGAAGAUACCUAUGACCAUGAAAACGAAAAUGAGGACUUUGAUAACCAGAUUGAUCAGGCUAAUGAUGUCUGUGAAGACCAUGAUGAUGAUGACAACAACGAUGAAGCUGUUGAUGAAGGAGACAAUAAUCAUGAUGAUGAUCCUAGCUGGCCAAGGUCACGCUAUGGAAAAGGUGGAAGAGGUAGAAGCUGCAAACAAGAUGGUAGAGAUGGAAGUGUUGGAAGAGGAGGAACCUGCAGAGGCAAUAGGAGCCAUAAAACCAGUAGAAGCCAAGAAGAGAGGGCAGCUAUUGGAGACCAUGAAAGCAGUGGAAGAAGAGGAGGCAAGGAAGGAAGUGGAGGUGAAGGAGUCAGUGGAACCAAUGAAGAGAGUGGAGCCCAUCAAUUCAGUGGAGGAGAAAAUUGCUCAGAGGCAGAUGUUCCAGGAUUGGAGAGACCAGCGUCCCAGGAUUUGGAACAUCAACAGGAGGUGCCAAGUGGUGGAAGUGAGGCCUCGAGUACCAUUGCCUCAGGCGCUGCACCCCCAGCACCUGAUGAUGAGAAUGACAGUAGGGACGUAUCGGAAUCAUCCACAAAUUCAGGUUUUUCUGCCAGCCAUUCAUCUCCUUCCAAAGGUUCUGGGAGGGCUGCUAAUGGUGAUUUUGCCAGUGCCAUCCCAUAUGGCGGAUUAGUGGAAGUACCUGAGGAACCCCCUAAGCAACCCUCUGAUAUCAAUGUCAACCCACUCUAUGCUUCGUCUGCAUGUGAAAAACCACUAAUCCACAUGUAUGAAAAGGAAUUCACUUCUGAGAUCUGCUGUGGUUCUUUGUGGGGAGUGAAUUUGCUGUUGGGAACCCGAUCGAAUCUGUAUCUGAUGGACAGAAGUGGAAAGGCAGACAUUACUAAACUCAUAAAGCGAAGACCAUUCCGUCAGAUUCAAGUCGUAGAGCCACUCAAUUUGCUGAUUACCAUCUCCGGCCGUAAGAACAGACUUCGGGUGUAUCAUUUGACCUGGUUGAGGAACAAGAUUUUAAAUGAUGAUCCAGAAAGUAAGAGAAGACAAGAGGAAAUGCUAAAGACAGAGGAAGCUUGCAAAGCUAUUGAUAAGUUGACAGGCUGUGAACACUUCAGUGUCCUUCAACAUGAAGAAACAACUUAUAUUGCAAUUGCUUUGAAAUCGUCAAUUCACCUUUAUGUGUGGGCACCAAAGUCCUUUGAUGAAAGCACUGCAAUUAAAGUGAUAUGCAUUGAUCAAUCAGCAGACUCUGAAGGAGACUACAUGUCCUAUGAAGCCUAUAUACGAAUACUGGCAAAAAUACAGGCAGCUGAUCCAGCGAAUCGGUUUAAGAGACCAGAUGAGCUCCUUCACUUGCUGAAGCUCAAGGUAUUUCCAACAGUUGGUCGUAAGCCAGUGACAGUUGACCUGGCUAUUGGUUCUGAAAAAAGACUAAAGAUUUUCUUCAGCUCAGCAGAUGGAUAUCACAUUAUCGAUGCAGAAUCUGAGGUUAUCUCUGAUGUGACCCUACCCAAUAACCCCCUGGAAAUCAUUAUACCACAGAAUAUCGUCAUUCUACCUGAUUGCUUGGGAAUUGGCAUGAUGCUCACCUUCAAUGCUGAAGCCCUUUCUAUGGAAGCAAAUGAGCAACUCUUCAAGAAGAUCCUUGAAGUGUGGAAAGACAUACCAUCUUCUGUAGCUUAUGAGUGUACACAGAGAACCACAGGAUGGGGUCAAAAGGCCAUUGAAGUGCGUUCUUUGCAAUCAAGGGUUCUGGAAAGUGAGCUGAAGCGCAGGUCAAUUAAGAAGCUGAGAUUCCUGUGUACCCGAGGGGACAAGCUGUUCUUUACCUCUACCCUGCGCAAUCGCCACAGCCGGGUUUACUUUAUGACCCUCGGAAAACUUGAAGACCUCCAAAGCAAUUAUGGUGUUUAAAAGAUUCCAGUGAUUUAUUAUGAUGGCAUUUACAAGCAUCACAAAUAUGCAGUUUGCAUCUUUAAAUUUCCGAGAUUAAAUGAGCAUUCAGUUUUUUUGUUGUUGCUGUUGUUAGGGAAAAUUAAAUCAGAGAAUUAACUUUUAAUGUAGCACAGAAUAGUUUUAAUGAGAAAUGCAGCUUUAUAUAAAAUUAACUAUAGCAAGCUCUAUGUACUCCAGUGGUGUACAAUGUCUUUUGCACAAACUUUGUAACUUUUGUUACUGUGAAUUCAAACAUUACUCUUUGGACAGUUUGGACAGUAUCUCUAUCCAGAUUUUACAACAUGGAGUCAAGAAACCUGUUAUGAGUUAGAGUCCAGGUGGUUUUCAGAAGAAUUGGCCCUGACUAAAAAUUUUCAAGAAAAGAAAAUCAGCAACAAACCAUGUGUGAUUGGUCCAAAGUCAUACAUAGAAUCAAAAGUUAGAUCAUGAACUGAAAAUAGCAAGGACUAUGCUGUAGAGCAGACUGAUGUCUGCCUGGUUCAUACCUAGAGAUGCUACAGUGAAAACAGGAAAAAAACAAACA